AUGAAUAGAACAUCCUCAGAUAUCAAUAAUAUAUUGAAUUCAUUGUCAUCAACCAAAGUUAAAGAACGUACUGCGGCAAUAGAUGAACUGGUAUCUAUUUUAAAACAAAGACCCCAGGAUAUACCUACCCCAUUGCUAGCAUCCACAUCACAUACCCUCAUUGAGUUACUUGAUUUAGAACAUAGAAAAUACUGUCGUUAUGUUUCAGAUGUCAAUGAAUCAAAUGCAAGCAAGAUAUCAUUAUCUGAGACAAAGAUUACAAACAUUUCAUACGUUGUACGACUGUUUAUAGAGAAAACAUGCCAACGAUUUAAAGUGAAGACAAUGAACCAAUUAUUAACAAUAUUGCCAGAAUUAAUGAUAAAUGAUGAAGGUUCUUUUGAGAUAAUUAAACCUAUCGCAUUUCAACUUUCAAUGGCAACUUAUGCUCUCAUUCAAAGCGACCUCUUCCAAUUGAAAUUUACAUCACAUCGUUGGAGCUCCCUCAUAGAGAAGACAUGCUCUUAUAUCGAAAAGUAUAUUAGUGUAUCCUUAACAGAUCGAACUAUAUUGUCCUUAUUUUCCAUCCUGGAUAUUCUUCUUUCAUUGGAUUGUAUGGCUUUACAAACAGAUUGUAUGGACAUAUAUAGGGCAUUAUUGUCUUACCUCGAAGCAUGUACUAAAGAAAACGGUAAUACAAGAUUGAUUUUCCUAUGCAUUAAUAAACUAAUUGUUAAAACUCAUUGUAUAAAAAUUCACGAAGUUCUAGAUUUGAUUAAUGCAACAUGGAGAUACAUAAUAUCGAUCGGGAACAUUUCGAAUGAUGCCAUAAAUACUGAAAUGUCAUUCUUUGAUAUAAUCUCAAGUGAGUUGGCUUGUAACAAACUGCCGACAAUGUUAGGACAGAAACCGCUGGACAUAGAAUCAUCCUUAUUAAGAUUCGAAGAUUAUCUGAAUCACCGGAUAUCCAAUUUUGCCUCGAAAUCAUUUACCUUGGAUUCUCUUAUGUUCGACGAAUCCUUCAUAGAACAAGAUAAAGAGAGGAUAUCAUGGUUUGAAACACAUGACUUCCAAUUGAAAGACUCUGCACAACAUCUUCCUUGGUUGAGACUACACGGAAUUACAAAACUUUUAGCAUCAUAUUUUGAAUUAAAAAAACCGUAUCAAUCUGUAAACUUAUUCAAGAGAAGGAAAUGCGAAGAUAACACCGUAUACAUCUUGAAGAAUUCAGAUGAUAUUUUUUCUUUUAUAGAACGUUGCCUUGAUAAUACGCAGCCGAUAAAUCUACAGAUAUUUGGUCUACAAAUUUGCGCUAUGUAUGGAGCUAGUUUUAGUAUUACGGCAAACCAAAUCGAAAGGUUACUGACGGUCAUACUCUCUAAAUUUGCUGUAACUGAACUGAUUGGCUUUUCUGCUUUAUCCCUUAUACCCCUAGUUUCACAAAAAGAUUUUACUUUGUCAGAGGCGGACCUAAACACCAUCCUUAAAGUGGGACUUCCAUUGUUAAAAAAUCCAGAAUCAAGCAUAGUCAUAUGUGUAUUAUUGGCAAGACUUAUUCAUUAUAAUGACUUGAAGAUAUCCGAUACGAAAACAAUAAAUCUAAUAUAUGACAUUUAUGAACUGUCAACAAUCAAUGGUCCAAAAUAUAUGUGCAAUGAAUCUUUUUUUUUUGGUAGAUGUUUACAGAAGUACGGAAAACACUACCACUCGAGAUCUGGGAAAUCGUCUGCUUCUAAAGUUCUAAAAUGGGUAUACGCCAAUUGGGAUCAAAUCAAAGACAUAGAUAUUAUAACCCAAAACGAAUUCUCAAUUUUUAUGGCAUGGUUCUGUUGUAGAGAUACCAAAGGCGUCAAGGGAGAUAAUAAAUGGAGGAAAUAUGGCUGGAUGUCAUGUUCCUGGCAAGAAAAUUACUAUUUUUGGAAUCUGUUUCAAGAACAAAGGCAGUUUCUUCUCCAAGAUAGCGAGAACUUUAAAUGCGUACGUCUAUCAAAAACCCAAGCACAAGAGGGCUGUACAUAUGAAAACAUAGAAGUAAGUGAAAUUCUUUACAGAAUAUUAGAUUUAAUUGAAAAUAAUGAUAAUCUAACUUCUUUACAAAGAUUCAACUGGCUACAUGUUACUUUAGGCAUCGUAUCAUACCUGUCAGGGGACUCAAAUUUUACUGAGUUUAUAAUGGCAUUCAAAAGUACCGUUGCCUUAAGUGUAUCAUCGAUUAAAUUCAUCGAAACCAAGUCAUAUACGAGGUUUUUCGAGGCAAUUUUAUCGGUCAAUAAUCCAAAUGUUGCCCAUCUACUAUAUGAAGAAUUAGAUAUAAUUGCGAUAGUAACAGAAUUCAAAAAGAGCAAGUUGGCAAGUGCCUAUAAUUUAUUACCGGAGUCCAUUAGUUCUGAAUUUGAUGGAUUUGAAAAAUCGCAAAAGCUCAAAGAUGAAGAUAUUCGUCUUUAUGCGUACACUAUCCCUUACAAUCAAGCAGACAUUAAAUUGGCUGCCGACGCUUUGAUUAGUACUCAAAAACUAACUAACCAGACAAAAUGUUUAGACAUAAUUUACAAUUUCAUGGCUGAUCUUCCUCCUUAUAUGUUAAUACAAUGCCUACCUUCAAUUAAUGGACUACUGACCAGAUUAUCUCCUGGUCUUUCCAUAGGCACUGAAUGUUUUGAAUCGUUAACACAUUUAAUAGGAGAACGAUUGUUAGGUGGGAGAUAUAAUACUUACAAUGGAUCAAUGGAAAUGUUAUGUGACUAUUUGGAUGCGUUGAGACUACAAUGGCUGGGAGAUAAUAAAAGUCCAUUAAAUGCCGACUGUAACGAUAUACUGGACUGGAUUAUUUCACGUUUUGAAGAAAAUUCCUUUCCUGGCGGAUUUCCAACCGGCAGGCUCUCAAUACUUUUAUUAAAUAUCCUUAAAUUCAAUAGUAGUACUCAUAGUUCUAUAAAAGGUGGCAAACAAAAAAUAUUUGCUACUUUCACAGCAUGCCUACAAAGAUUAGGGCCAGCAAUAAAUAUCACACAACUUCCGGCAAUAACGAGCUAUAUGGAAUUGGUUGGUUACAAGAAUCUUAGUAUUAUAUUAUCUGAACUAACUAAUGUCUACGAAACACCACAGCAAAGCAUAGAAAUGUCAGCCAUCUAUUCGUUGGCUAUGAGCAAAAUCGGAACAGUGUCUUAUACCACUUUAAUAUAUACACUUGAAGACCUAUUAUCCUAUUCAAAAUUCAGUCACACAAGAUGCUACAUUUCAGGGGCUUUACAAAUAAUAACUAAAGCUAUGGGCUUAAAAGAUGUGCAAGCUCUGUUCGAACGCUGUAAGUUUGACUUAUUUUUGUUUUGGUGUAAUAAGUCAGGAGCAGAAAUGGCAUCAGAGAUCGAUUGGGAUAUAGAAUUGUUUGGAUUCCAUGAUCUUAUACCAUUUAUCGGUAGAUAUUCUUGUGAAUUAAGUGCUAUCUAUUUUUCCCAAGGGUUAAACAUACCGGUGUUGCUUACGAAGUUGGUUGAGAUUACAAAAUCAAACGAAAGUCAGUUGUUGACUCAAAGUAUUCAUUUAUCCAUCCCACUCUCUUUUGCACCCAAUGGUGUCAAAGCCGUCAUUUUUGAUGUGAUUGAUAAUCUUCUGGGGAGAAGUGUUAAUAAAAUUAUGAAACAAUAUGAACUUAUCAUAUUUAGAUGGAUCCUGAAAUUUAUUGAUCUUGGUUCAAGCGCCGACAUGGAAUCUUUACUAAGAAAAACAUUUCCGAAGUCGUCACUACUAUAUACUUUAUUUCCAAAGAAUGCUACAUCUUAUAGAUACCAAUACCCACUUCAUAUUGAACUAACUACUGGGACGAAGCUUUUGAAGCACAGGUUUCGUGAUUUCUCUAGACAACAUUUACGGGUACUUCUUUUUUGGAUUCUGGCAGACCUUGAAAGCUCGAAAAACUAUAUUGGAAAACUGCACUAUAUCAGGGAACUAAAGUAUAUCUUCGUUAUCUAUGAGAAUUGCUUACCAACAGAUUCGGCCCUACUCGUUAUCAUGAAACAUAUAUCACCAUAUUUAAUCGAAUCGGGCCUGCAUGAUGAAACUGCAUCUAUUAUCGAAACACUUUUGUUGUUUGCUACGAAAAUAGAUAUCCAUAUUUAUGACGUUUUUCCUACAUUGUUUUCGAGCUUAUUCAUGUAUGUUAACCAAAGUCAUGGAGACAUACAUGCUUCCUUAUUAAUCACGCUGGAAUCUCUUGUAAAGAAUUCUUCCACAUUCGGUAGAAUUUGGAAGUACUGUAUGGACGUAUUACAAGGCCUUACCUUAUCGAACGAAGUCUAUCAACAUGUCGAAAUCCUUGACCAGAGCGAAGUCGAUGAGCAGGUACUUAUUCUAUUGUCCCUGUUAUUCGGCUUCGCAACUCCACUAAAUCAUUUUCCGGAAGAUUAUACCGUCACGGAAUCAUGUAUUCAGAAUUUAUUGACUAAACAAAUCCCAGAGAAAUAUAUGUCUACUAAUUUCAAGUUAUGGAUGAGCCUUUGCUUAGAAUUAUCCUAUAUACGGGGUUAUGCUCCAUUCAAAUCAAUCGUUUUAAAAAAGGAUAUUUAUUCACCAGCGUUUUUCCAAGAAAAGAACCCUUUGUCACUUGUAUAUGAGCAAUUUUUCAGACUCUUUUCAGAACUUACUGAAAAAGGAUCUUGUAAAAUGCUAUUCUUAUCGGAAUACAUUCUUUCUUUUUUAGUUAGUAGUCAUUCAGAGUUAUCUACAACAGGAUCUGCUAUAAGUGUAGAUCUUUAUGAAAAAUAUAAAGACAGAGGCCUGCCGGUUAGUAUUGAUUCGUUUAGAUCGGUAUAUCGUCUUGAGAAUCGAGGUUCUGGAUUUGACGACUAUCUUACUGAGCAUUUAAUUUCGAAAACAGACAACUAUGAAACCUGGCUACUUAAAUUAUCCAUGGCCUUGUUAAACAAUAUCACGUUUACUCAGCCUUUCCUAAUAAUAUUUCAACCGUUAUUCAAAGAAAACAUUAAAUUCAGUGAGAACCUGCUGCCUUAUCUUGUUUAUUUGCCAAUGAGGGAUGGUCAGAAAGACAUUAGAGAAUGGGCUACAGAAAUACUUUCCAAAAGUGCUCAGAUUUUGGAUACUGAAGAUGGAGAGAAGAAGGUGAAAGUCGUAUUUAACAUCUUGAGGUUGAUACGAUGUGCAAGUCGUUUAUCGAUUGAUUACUUCACUCAUCUGUACAACUCCUUAGAUCUACACAUGCUUUGUGAUGUAGCUUUGAAAGCUGAUCUGACCUCGUUUAGUUACAUGCUUUAUGAGGAGUUGUAUGCUAAUUCGCCAAAGAAGGAUAUCUUAAUCCUACGUAACAUUUAUGAAAAGAUCGAUGACCUCAAUUUACUGAGUGGAUUGCCUGUCCCUGAUUGCCUUUCUGCAAGCAUAGACUAUAUUAAUUCUACGGAGCCAAGAACAUGGAAAAACUUUUUAUUCAAUAGUGCCCGAAUUGACUCUAAUUACAAAAAGAUCUCUGCGGCAGACCGGAAUGCAAUAAUGAAUUCGUCAGGAUCAAAUGGUAUCUACUUCGUUGCAAAUGGCUUGACAGAGAAAAACAGUGAUGAGACUUCAAAUGAAGAAUAUAAAUGGAGCUUACAAUUAGGUGCUUGGGACCUACCAUUUCCAGAGCAAGUGAAUACCAAGGAAAAAGGAUUGUAUUAUUGUUUGAAGAAACUCGUACAUGAACCUACGGCUUCUAAUAAAAGUCUUGAACAUUCAUUACUUACUGUUAUAGAAUGGCGCAAUCACUUCAGGACACAAAUGGAAUGGUACGAGACAGUAGCUGAAGUUUCACUUUUUAAGAAAUUUGUGAAGCUGGUAACAUUACCAUCAGAGCUUCUUUAUUUUUUUAAGACACUCCAUUCAAUAGACGAUCGAAAGUUGACAAGUACUGAUUUUGAAGAUUAUAAAACGAAUUUGAACGCUCGGUAUCUUCUGCCUACGCUAAUCUCUACUUGCAAAGAGAAUAAUAUCAUUCCACCGGGUCAAAUGGAAGUUAUUUCAGCGAUUCACUUAUCCAAUUUUGUCGAACAAGCCUUAACAUACAAUGCUUCCCAAGAUGCAUUGAGAAACUCAUUCUUAUUAAAUAACAUUGCUGAAGAAAUGAAGAACCAAGGUGAAAAGGCAGAUUUAAACGCAAAAAUUGCUAUUGAAACUCUGAAUUCGUAUAUAUCUGCCAAGGCUAUGUGGUCUUCAAAUGAGGUUAAUGCACCUAUAAAAAUAAUGCAAAAUUUGUUACAGCCAGGUGAAACAACAAACGAUGCUGAGGCAGGUGCGGUAGGACUACUAUCAUUAAUCACCAUUUCUAAAGACCAAAUUAUUUCUCACUUAGUAACAUGGAGUUCACAAAUGAGAUUGGAAACUCCGUCAACAAUUUACAAAAGGUAUAUCGACAGAUGGGCGGUUAGUUUGAAAGAAAAUAGCGCACGGGCUGAUAUAUUCAUGGCAUUGGCAAAUUUCUUGAAUGAGCAAGUAAAACGAUCCCAAGAUAGUGGUGAAAUUCCAGAGAAAACUCGUAUAUAUAAUAGUGGAAUUUCCCACCUACAAAUGUUAGACAAGAUCUACAAAAACGCAAGUUUAUCGGACAAAGAGAGGAAAGAUGCAAGAAGACACUAUUUUAAAAUAAAUGUUCAAGUCCUUAGGGAUAAGGAAUUAAUGAUGAAUGCUGUCAAUGAACGAAUCACAUUCUUAUGGAUGGCCCUUCAUUUUUAUAUCAACACUCUGGCUUUCAGUGAUAAGCAUGACGACACUGCAAUGGAUAAGUUUUGUGCGUUGUGGUUUGGGAAUGAUGAAGAAAAUGAAAUUAAUAUUCGAUUACAAAAGGAGAUUGGAGCUAUACCUAGCUGGAAAUUUUUGCCUUGGAUAAACCAAAUAUCGUCCAAACUGAGUACAAAUCAAACUCCAUUCCAGAAUGUCUUACAAUUAACUAUGAAAAGGUUGCUAUAUAAAUUGCCCUAUGAUACGCUGUACUCAGUCAUCAGUAUUAAACUUUAUGAUAAGAAUUCUCAAGAGCAAAGUAUAGUAUCCAGGAUCACUGCCGUUGAAACGAUUUUAAACGAUUUAAAAGCUUAUGAAUCUGGUAAGUAUUAUAGAAAGUUUGUAAUGCCCAUUGAAGAAUUUUGUGUUAAAUCUGUGGAACUAGCAAAUUAUAAGACGACUCAAAAUUCAAGGACUCUACACCUUUCAAAUUUGAAGAUUGGAGAUUACUGGUGUAACAUAUUGAGAGACACCAUGCUACCGCUGCCAACUGGUAACUUUCCCAUCACAUGUUCUAAAGAUGGAAGGAAAGCUCGACCUUAUAUUACAGCUAUUGAUGAAACAGUUCAUUCUACUACCACUGGUUUAUCUUUACCGAAAAUUAUAAAAUUCACAGUAUCUGACGGUACUGUCCAUAAAGUAUUAAUGAAAGGAAGUAAUGAUGAUUUACGACAAGAUUCAAUUAUGGAACAAGUAUUCCAACAAGUAAAUAAAAUUCUAAGGCAAAACAAGGGACUAAGGAAAAUGGAGCUUGGCAUUCGCACAUACAAAGUUAUUCCCUUGGGUCCGCGUGCAGGUAUUAUCGAAUUUGUACCGAAUUCGAUAUCUUUACAUGAAGUAUUAUCUAAUUUGCAUAAAGAUGAUCCAAUUCGUUUUGAGCAAGCAAGGAAAGAGAUGAAAGCAGUACAAAAUAAAUCGAAUGAUGAAAGGAUUAAGGUAUAUUUGAAACUAACUGAAAAGAUUAAACCGCAAUUAAGGAACUUUUUUUUUAAUUCAUUUUUAGAACCUUCUGCAUGGUUUAGAAGUAAACAACGUUACAGUAAGGGAGCUGCGGCCUCUUCCAUUGUUGGCCAUAUUCUUGGUUUAGGUGAUAGGCAUUUGAAUAAUAUUUUGUUAGAUCGUUCGACAGGUGAACCUAUUCAUAUUGAUUUAGGGAUUUCAUUUGAUCAAGGUCGAUUAUUACCUAUACCAGAGUUAGUCCCCUUUCGGUUGACUAGGGAUAUGGUUGAUGGUUUAGGUGUAACGGGUGUGGAUGGUCUAUUUAGGAGAAGUUGUGAAAAAGUUUAUUCUGUAUUGAGAAAAGAUUCAGAAAAGGUUAUGUGUGUAUUGAACAUAUUAAAAUGGGAUCCUCUUUAUUCAUGGGUAAUGUCACCUGUUCGAAAGCAUAUUAAUUUGUUAGAGCAAGAGAGUGCACAUUACGGUGCCGAUAAACCUACCACGUCAGGUGUAGUAAGUUUGCAUGACGGUGAGAAUGGGGAAUCUACAAGAGCUUUAAAAGGUGUUGAAGACAAGUUAACAAGGAGUGGAUUAAGUGUCGAAGCAACAGUCCAAGAAUUGAUCCAGCAAGCCACUGACCCAGCACAUUUGGCAGUUAUUUAUAUGGGGUGGUCACCAUUCUAUUAA